UUUUAUAUUUUUUAAAUUUUCAAAUUUUAUUCAACCACAUUAUCAAUUAUAAUAUUUAUUGAAUUGUCACGUCAGCGACCGGCUUAUCCUGCUUUAUUCAACUAUAUAUAUUAAAAAUGAAAUACAAAUGGAUAAUAAUAUUAGUUUUUUUAUGGACGUUUACAAACACUUUUGCUAAAUUGAAUUCACAAGGAUCAGUUCUAGAUGAUAUAACAGAUGCAAAAGAUUUGAAAAAAAUUCUGCGAACAAAGAAUAAUGUGCUUAUAUGCUUCAUAGAAAACUCUAAAAGUACACUAAAUAUUGUUAAGGUUUUUAAGGAUGUUGCUGAAAUAAUAAAAGGACAAGGCACUAUGGUUUUAGUUGAUUGUUCAGGAGAUGCUAAGAAAAUGUGCAAAAAAUUGAAAGUUUCACCUGAACCAUAUGUACUAAAGCAUUACAAAAAUGGUGAAUUUCAUAAAGAUUAUGAUAGACGUGAAUCAGUUUCUAGUUUAGUAAAUUUCAUGCGAGAUCCAACUGGAGAUUUACCAUGGGAAGAAGAUCCUAGUGCACAAAAAGUUGUGCAUAUAGCAGAUGCCCAAGCAUUACGAAAAUUUUUGAAGAAAGAGAUGAAACCUGUUAUGAUAAUGUUUUAUGCUCCGUGGUGUGGAUUUUGUAAAACUUUAAAGCCUGAGUAUGCUCAAGCUGCAACUGAGUUGGAUGGACAUUCUAUACUAGCAGCAAUAGAUGUUAACAGACCAGAAAAUGCUGGCAUUAGAUCGCAGUAUAAUAUUACUGGUUUUCCAACAUUAUUGUAUUAUGAACUUGGCAAAUUUAAGCAAUCCUAUGAAGGAGAAAACACAAAAUCUGGCUUAGUACAAUUCAUGAAAAAUCCUACAAAGCCUUCUGUAAAACCUAUUAAUACGGAAGGUGAUUGGUCAGACACAGAUUCAGAAGUGGUUCACUUAACAAGUGAUAGUUUUGAACCUGCAUUGAAAGAUGAGCCUUCCGUAUUGGUUAUGUUUUAUGCUCCUUGGUGUGGCCAUUGUAAAAAAAUGAAACCAGAAUAUGAGAAAGCAGCGGCUGAUAUGAAGAAUAGAAAUAUUCCAGGUGUUUUAGCAGCUCUUGAUGCUACAAAAGAACCAACUAUUGCAUCACAAUUCAAAGUAAAAGGUUAUCCUACAAUUAAAUAUUUUGUAAAUGGGGAAUACAAAUAUGAUGCUAAUGUUCGCGAAGCUGAUAAAAUAAUUGAAUUUAUGAAGAAUCCUCAAGAACCUCCACCACCUCCGCCUCCAGAGAAACCAUGGUCUGAGGAAGAAAGUGAAGUUUUUCAUUUAGAUGAAGAUACAUUCAAACCAUUUAUGAAAAAAAAGAAAUAUGUACUGACAAUGUUUUAUGCUCCAUGGUGUGGACAUUGCAAGAAAGCGAAACCUGAAUUUACUCAGGCAGCUGAAAAAUUCAAAGAUGAUGCCAAAAUAAACUUUGCAGCUGUGGAUUGUACGCAACACAGAUCCGUGUGCAGCGCUAUGGAUGUUUCUGGAUAUCCAACAUUUAAAUGUUUCCUGAAUUACAAUAAGGGAAUGCAAGAUUACAAUGGAGGAAGAACCGAAUCUGAUUUUGUUAAAUACAUGAGUGCAUUAUUAAAUAGUGGACAAAAUGUAGAGAAAAAAGGACUAAACUCGUGGGAACAUAUAGAAGGCGCAGAAAAUAUAUUUCAUUUGACUGAUGACACUUUUGAUUCUUUCAUGAAAACAAAAGAUAAAGUAUUAUUAUUUGUUUAUGGAUCUAGCAGUCAAUGCAAAAAAAUAAAGCCAGAAUUUGCAAAAUCUGCAACAGAACUAAGGAAAGCUAAUUCAAAAUAUGCCUUGGCUGCUUUAGAUAGAAGUAUUUAUGUAAAUACUGUGAAUAGCUUAGAUGUGCAAGAAGUGCCAAUAAUAAUGCUAUUCGAAAAUGGAAAAUUUAUAUCAAAUUACAAAGGAAAAUUAGCUUCAAAUGAUAUUAUUAAAUACAUACUGACUUUUCAGCGAGAAAAAGAUGAGCUUUAAUAGUAAUUAAAA